AUGGAGCACUUCAAACAAGUAUUGGCUGGGAUGGGUCUUCUGGAGCACUUGCCUGUACCUCACUUUGCUAGGGUACAUCACAGGGAAUGCCACAAGGAUACCCCCACUCCCAAAUCUUGGCCUGCAUGUAAGAUGCAGCAACUCAGUAGGGGAGGUUCUGGACAUGCUCUCUUCCCUGACCACAAUUCUACCACUCCCAUACCCUCCAUCCCCAUCAAUGACACCAUUCUCCAUCUUGGGAAAGAGAUGAAACAGAUGCUAUGUGACUUGGUAAAAAUUUCAAGAGAAGAUCUAGCACCACUCAAAGAAGGUAUCAGCAACACUCCCUUCCAUCACCACCAGAAUGAGGCCACAAUGGACACUUACUCUGCACCAGUCAUUGCAUUCCUCAUUGCAAAGGUCACUGCCCUGGGACCAACCAUCAAAGAAGGAGUGGAUGUCUCUGCCAGCCUUCACCAGGUCUUGACUGAAGUAUGGAUGACCAAGUGGCCCAAGACCACUGGCAAUGCCAUGCCCUGUUCCACAAAGCAAAUGCUGGCUCUGUACACUUUGGAGGGAGAUGGAAAGCGCAAGGAGCCUGCUGCAGUGACAUACUACCUUACCAGGCUCACAUACUGCAUUCACUUAGUAUGCCUAAAGGAACUGAGGCAAUGA